AUGACUGACGACGAGGAGGAGAAAUUUUGGUUGGAUUAUUGGUAUUUUGAUGCCAAUAUUGGUGGUAACGGUGAUGUCAGAAAUGGAGGACGGAAACAACAGCAGUCUACUCGCAUGAGCCUGAGGGAUGAAGGGACGGCCACCAGAGGGCUGAUAGAUGGUGGUUGGGGAGAUGCCCCAAAAGAUAAGGUGAAGAAGACUUUGGGCAAUGCGAGGAUGGAUAGCUCAACAGCAGCAUCAUUAUAUCCCCCAUUCCCACUUCAUGGGAAUAUAACGGAUGAGGAUGGAGCAGAUAAGGGUAGGGAGGCAGGGAAUGAGGGAACAGGAAUGUCAUUGCUUUUCCUUGGCCGCUCGCUGUCGCAGUGGACGGCGAGGGACCGGGGCAACAUGUUUGGGAAGCGAAGUUUCAAAUGCCCUUUUGACACGGAACCCUGCAUGUCCAUCGACCGGCCGAAUAGCUGCUGCGGGAAGGGGAGCAAGUGCAUAUUUGUGAAAGACACAGGGUUAGGAGAUGUGGGAUGCUGUGGGGCUGGGGAGAGCUGCUCGGACAAUUUGAUUAGGUGUGCGAGCGGGUACACUCCCUGCCCUGAUAAUCCAGGUGGUGGAUGUUGUAUACCGGGAUACUCGUGUGUGGAUCAAGGGUGUAUAUACAUUUCAACAACAAUCGUCACCGCAACCCCCGCGCCACCGCCGCCAUCAACAUUUACAGAACCUAUAAACCCUCCCGUCCGCCCAACCUCCAAUGCCAAAACCACCAUCACCACAUUCCAAUCCACACGCCCGACCAUAACCGGUUGCCCGACGGGCUUCUACGCCUGCAGCGCUGUCUACCACGGCGGCUGCUGUCGUACCGGCCGCGAUUGUAACCCCACCUCCUGUCCCCCCAUUUCCUCGACCACAAUCGUGGAUGACAACGGCGCCACGAUUGUUAUAGGAAUCGAUCCUACUGUGUCUCUGUCCUCUCCAGGUGGGGAAGGCCGGAGGUGUGCUGCCGGUUGGACGGGUUGUGCGGCUAGUGCGGGCGGCGGUUGUUGUCCGGAUGGGUUUGCUUGUGCGGAGAUCAGCUGUACACUUUCAGCUGGAGGGCGGGGGACGGCGGUAGUGGGGAAGAUGGCGCCAGUGAACGCAUCACUGAGCGGACCAGCUGUCUCUAAAUACCUUUCAACCCGGUUCCUCCAGUAUGAUAAGGCGAAUCACUAUCUGAUAUGGUGCAUGGUUAAAGUCCUCAUAGACCUUGCCAUCAUAACGGCCCAAGGAGCUGUCAAGCUGCCAAUCCGGGAAUUUCCAUGCGUCAACAAGCCGGACGACAUGGGGCCUGAUAUCGUCAAGGAGCUUGACAACUGCUUUGGUCCGUGCGAGAGUGAUUUGACGAAUAGUCACAGCACCAGACGUGAAGAAAUCAGCGGACUCGCGUUCCAAUGUAUACAGCGCAUGGAGCCGGAAGAGUUUGUGGAGGACAGCAGCUGUUUCAGAGUCCAGGGCGGAGGCGGUGGCAGGCGCAGUGACGCUUUCGUAGAAGUUCUUCACGACGAGGUAUUGUGA